AUUAAAAUGCAACCUGGUCCAACAUGGCAUGAUCAUGGCAUGGCAUGAAAGAAAAGCGAAUUUCAAAUUUCAUCAGUACAGAAUGAAUAUUUAGGACAGAGGAAAUUAUCGACAAAUUUCGUGGACGUUCACUUUCAUAAUGAAUAGAUCAAACAUAAAAGAGGCAAAUGAGCACCUUCAGAAACUGUACCAGCGGGUCCAGGACCUGGAGAGCACGGUGCAGGAGCAAGCGGAGGCGAUGAUUCGCAAGGACGAGGAAGCCGAGAAAGCGCUUCGUGAGCUCGGCAGAAGCAAGGACCGGGAGAUCGCUGAGCUGCGGAAAUCGUUGGAGUCCUCUGAGGUCCACGUCCAACAGCUCAUGGCGUCCUGUCGGGAUAAAGACGCUCAAAUCCUAACUCUUAAGCAGAGGAGCAGGAUUUUGGAGGAGGUGUGCCAGGAACUACCGUCCCUGGAGAUCGUUGUGGGCGCCUUGAGGAAGACGGUCCCGCUGUUGCGAAGCCGACAUGCUUCCGGACUCGGCCACGACGUGACGAACAGUAGCGAGGGAGGCCCAGUGAGCGCUCUGGAGGACCGGGACAGAGACCACGUGGCAGGGAAACUAGGGGAAUUCCAGAUCAACUCGGCAGCAAACAUGCAGAAUAACAUUCCCAGGAACUUCUCGAUCUCAGAUGACGAUGAGGGAAACUUGGCGUGAACAAAAUUGUCAUGAUGGCAAAAAGAUACCUCUAAAAAUCCAAGAAAUGUUUGGCUGACCCCACCCGCCCGAAAGGGAAAAAUUAGAUACACUCAUCCAAAAGAAAGUUCUUCCAGAAUUGCUCGACGGUCUGAAAACACUAAAUUUGCAGAUUCCGGCAUUAAAUUGAUAAAUUGAUGGCAAUAACAUGGCCGAUAUUUUGUGAACUAGCCUGUGUAACUUGGGCCCAACGUACGUCCAGGCCAUGACCAUGAAUGAAAGGCAGUAUGUCAUGUGCAUGUAGUUUCCCUGCGACUUUAAUCAGUUACGUAUGUGUUUGUAAAACCUUGCCCGCUGAAUCUAUCUUAGGCAGGCAAGAUAUAUUCAGAAACGAGUUGAGGUGAUUUCUAACUGAAACGUUUCAUUUCAUCUCUCAUUUCUUUUCCAGGUUUCUUUGUUGCAGCAAAACUCUAAAGUCACUCUUUACUAUUUCUCCUGAGCUGGUUGGCCGUACAAAGUGGGCAACAGAUUUGACAGCAGCCACAUUGCUGUGUGGUUUGGCAGGUGUCCUGUCAAUAUAAAUUGACAGGACACAUAAAACCUUGUGUACAAAUUCACUCAAAUAUUGCUUUCUAUAUUCAUAAGUGGGCAACAGAUUUGACAGCAGCCACAUUGCUGUGUGGUUUGGCAGGUGUCCUGUCAAUAUAAAUUGACAGGACACAUAAAACCUUGUGUACAAAUUCACUCAGAUAUUGCUUUCUAUAUUCAUAAGUGGGCAACAGAUUUGACAAAAGCCACAUUGCUGUGUGGUUUGGCAGAUGCACGUAUUUUCCCAAUACGUAUCAGAAAAUAUCGAUUGCACACCAUUUGUUUAAUUACAAAAUAUAAAGUCCGUGAGCAAAAUUUUAAAAGCCAACUCGAGAAGUAUGUUUAUUAGCCAAGGUUUUUAUAAUUAGGUGGUUACAAUUUUUUUUUUCUUCUGGGUGUGGGAGGGGUAGAAUUUUUUCAAAUCAGGUAUUGGAUUUUUGCACACCAAAUUGGCAAUAUGGAAAUGGGUACUUCCACGCCAAUUGGGUACAAAUGGGUACAGUUGGCUGCAGAUACGGGAGUGAGACCCUGCUCAUGUGCACAGGAAAGAUGGACUGUCUGUAGGUUAGAAAAUGCAGGGGUCAUUGAAAAUGGUAACGUACGUAACAUGGACAGAAUUUUCAAUAUAAACUGACAGGACACAUAAUACCACAUAAUGUACGAAUUCACUCAGAUAUUGCUUUCUGUAUUCAUAACCCAUUUAGGAUUUUCAAGAACUAAAAUAAGUGCAAUUUUUACAAACACAUGAUGCAAAAUUUGCUUGGAAAGUUCUCAGCAACAGUGGGGUGGGACGAAGAGAAACAAGGACAAAUUGCUUGUGAUAUUACCCAGAUUUAUUUUCCAAUCCUUUCUCACGUCUUUGCCCUUUUUGUGAGGAAAGACUCAAAUGUGUAUUGAUUUUAUAAAUUAAUUCAAGACUGAGUGUUCUUUGUAAACCUUAAUUGUUGAAAUGCUUGAUCCUGUCAGGAUCUGAUCAUGUCUAAAUUAUCGAUGUGAUAACCUGACGGACUCGGCGUAUAUAUUCCAGGUAGUGGCUAGGAAUACUCAUUGCUGACUCAGUGAAUUGACACUGGGGUGGGACCUGAGUGCACUCCUUCUGCAUAAAAACCGCUUUGAGAGCAUGUCAAAUUAUGGAAUAAUACAGAAUGUUCCGACGAGGGAACUGCUUGUUCCAGUCGGGAACACGUGCUGCUCUUAAGGAGAACGGUCCAUAUUCCCAAAUGGGAUCAGUGGUCUAUGCGCGUGCACGCUGGCUCAUGAAGAGCGCAUUUCAAAAGGGAAUGCAGCAAAGUCCAACCAGGAAUACCAGUUGCUACUGAAAGGAACACUCCAGCAGCGGGAACAAGAAUGUUCAAACUUUUAAGACGUCCCCUGACAGAACUGCAGAACUUUUCACGAACUGCACCCCAGCACUGUGCAAGUAUGCUCAGUGACUGUCAGUUUUCACAAGGUGAAAUUUCUCAGAAUGUGUCAAGUAAUCCUUUUAAGUUCUAUACCCUUCAAGUCACAGGAAGGAGUAAAUUUGUGUGGAGUGCAGUUUAAUUUGCAAAAACCAGAAUCAUUCCACUGUACGACAGUUUUUCCAGUGUACACCCCCCCCCCGUGUCACUUUGUCAAAGCAACUUAUUUUGCAUUAGCACUAGUGUUUCAGUUCUUGGUAUCGGUGGCAUUUACAUAUCGUAAAUAUGACACAAAAAGAACCUGUUUGGAAUGUUGUUUUUGCAGCUAUAACUGACAUUCCUUUUCCAAUACAUGUACUGACAUUCAACAAUCUUACUCGGUCUUGCCAAAUUUUGGAAAUUCAGGAUUUGUACAGCCUGGAUUGAAAAAAUUCGCUUAAUGCAAUUAUGACAAAGUAAAUUAAACAGUCCACAAUUAUUGCACUGAAGUUAAUCAUUCAGAUUGUCUACAGCUAUUUCCUUGAAGAAAAGUGAGGUAGGCUCAAUCAAUUUUAAUAUUAAAUGAUAUAAAUAAUUGUAGUUUAAUCAUGGAUCAGGACAAUUUUUCACAUACAUGUAUAUAAAAAAAGGGACGGCCUUUGAAAUCCAGCAAUAAAACUAUUUAUUUUCAGUUUUUACAAAGUAAUGUUCACUCAAAAUAUUUCCUUUCAUUUUACACCAAUGUAUCGCUGAUCAUGUUGCAAGAGAGCCGCAAUGGAGCAUCGUGAUACGAAAAUCUGUAUCAUGCAUGUUGGCUGUGAAUGAACGGACAUCAAGCUCCAACUAUUCAAGUAACAGUAGGCUGAAUUUUUUGGCAACAUGUCUUGAAAAAUGUGAAAAUAUUUCAUCCCUUGAUUUCGUCCCUCCACAGUGGAUGCUGAGAACAAGUAAUUACCUACAACACUGCUGCAAUCUGAAAACAUGAGAACGCAAUGCACAUUUACAACUUGUGGACAGUUUCUGAACACAUUUACAAAGAAUGAUUUAAUGUACACAAUAUCAGACAGCCGCCAUGAUUUCAACAACUCAAGUUGACGGUCCGUAUCAUAACGUGUAUUGUAUGCUGACCCCAACAUUGUAAUGUGUUGUAUUGUUUACGUUAGUUACAGUCACACCGCUCACCCUGUCCACCUUAAUUUUAGAUCUGAUUUUCUUUUACCUGUACACAGCAGUACCUGAAAUUUCAUUGCAUGAUUCCAUUACUGAAAUUUAAUCAUUUCUGGCUGACCUCUGGCUAUAUCUGAA